UGUCGACAUUACAUUAAAUAUACAAAAUCUAAUUUUCUUUCUUUGUUCAAUUUAAUCGGAUCUUAAAAAUUAAUUGUAAACAACGAAAUUAAAUUAAUUAAUUAUCAUGGGUGUUCCUAAAUUUUACCGAUGGAUGUCCGAAAGAUAUCCCUGUUUGAACCAGGUUGUCCGAGAAAGUGAGAUACCUGAGUUUGAUAAUCUCUAUCUUGAUAUGAAUGGUAUUAUUCAUGCCUGUUCUCAUCCAAAUGAUGAAGAUGUUCACUUUAGAUUACCUGAAGAGGUUAUGGUUAAAGAUAUUUUCAAAUAUAUUGAAACUCUUUUUAAUAUCAUCAAACCGAAAAAAGUUUUCUUCAUGGCGGUUGAUGGUGUUGCUCCUCGAGCUAAAAUGAAUCAACAAAGAGGACGACGUUUUAGGUCAGCAAAAGAUGCCAUUACCAGGGAAAUUGAAGCACAAAAUAAAGGAGAAAUUUUACCUAAAGAGGCUCGAUUUGAUUCUAAUUGUAUUACACCUGGUACAGAUUUUAUGGCUCGUCUUCAAACACACUUGGAAUAUUUUGUUGCUGCUAAAAUUUCAAAUGAUGAAUUGUGGAGAAAUGUUAAAGUCAUUCUUUCUGGUCAUGAAACUCCUGGUGAAGGUGAACAUAAAAUAAUGGACUUUAUUCGUGCCCAAAGAUCACAACCUGAUUAUGAUCCCAAUACACGACAUUGUUUGUAUGGUCUAGAUGCUGAUUUAAUUAUGCUUGGAAUGUGUUCACAUGAACCUUAUUUUGCUUUACUCAGAGAGGAAGUUAAAUUUCGCCGUCGAAAAGAGAAAGAAACAACUUUCCAUGUAAAUCCUGAAGCAAUUAAUUUUCACCUUCUUCAUUUAUCUCUUUUAAGAGAUUAUCUUGAUCAUGAAUUUUCACCACUUAAAAAAGUGUUACCCUUUGACUAUGAUUUAGAACACAUAAUUGACGAUUGGGUACUUAUGGGUUUCCUUUGUGGUAACGAUUUCAUUCCUCAUCUUCCUCAUUUUCAUAUUGCUAAAAAUGCUCUCACCACAUUGUACAAAGUGUAUAUGGAGGUUUUACCUAACUGUGAUGGUUACCUUAAUCACCAGGGUAAACUGAAUCUUCGUAAUUUUCAAAAAUUUCUCCACAAAUUAUCUGAAAUUGAUGUAGAAAAUUUUAAUGAGAUGAACGCUGAUUUCAAAUAUCUUGAUUCGAAAACAAGUAAAUUCAAGUUCCCACGUAAAUUGGAAAAAUAUGAAGACUGUAUUGGUGUUAUUGGUGAAUCCCUGGAAUCAGGGCCUGAUAGUGAUUCAAAUUUGAUUGAUUUGUGUUCCGAUGAAACCUCAGAUGAGGUUGAAGAAGAGGAUGACGAAGAAUUAUCCCUAUCAGAAGAAGAUGAUACUCUUGAAGAUGAAUUUAUCAUGCACAAGAGAGAUUAUUAUCGAACCAAAAUGAACUAUGAAGAUGUUACUCCCGAUGUACUAAAAGAACAGGCCUAUUGUUAUAUUAAAGCUAUCCAAUGGAAUCUACAUUAUUAUUAUGAUGGUUGUCCUUCCUGGUCAUGGUAUUAUCCUCAUCAUUAUGCACCAUAUAUUUCUGAUGUUAAAAGCUUUGAAAAAAUUGAUCUCACCUUCGAUCUUGGUCAACCUUUUAAACCAUAUGAACAAUUAUUGGGUGUUUUACCUGCAGCAAGUAAAGAGUUUCUACCCAAAUCAUUUCAACGAUUGGUAACAGAAGAGAAUUCACCUUUAAAAGAUUAUUAUCCAGCUGAUUUUGAACUCGAUUUAAAUGGUAAAGUUAACAGUUGGGAAGCUGUUGUUGUGAUUCCUUUUAUUGAUGAAAAAAAACUAUUAAAAGCUGCUAAAUCAUGUGAACCACAGUUAACCGAAAAAGAGAGAAAACGAAAUUCUCAUGGACCUCAUUUACAAUUCACUUAUGUUCGUGAACAUCAAACACCCAUUUUAUCAACAUUACCUGGUAUCUUACCAGAUAUUGAGGUUAAUCAUGCUAAACUCGUUAGAGUUCAUAAAGAUGCUUAUUGUAUUCCCAUGAAAUCAAUUGUUAAGGGACUUUUACCAGGAAUUGAUCCUGAUGUUUACACCCCUGGUUUCCCAACUUUAAGGACAAUGAAACACACUGCAAGAUUGGAAAAGGCUAGUGUACGUGUUUUCGAAAUGCCUUCGUCUGGUUCUAGUAUUUUAAUUGAUUUAUCACCUAAACCAAAAAUAAGCAUACAAUCUGCUCUAACCGAAUAUCUUGGUCAAACUGUUUACAUUAAUUGGCCAUUUUUGGUUGAAGCUAAAGUUUCCAGAAUUUGUGAUGGAGAAAAAAUGUACAUCCUGACUAGUUCAGGUCAGCAAGAAAUCCGAGAAUUACGUGACAAGGAAAGGCGAGAAGCCGCUGCUCAAGUGAAAAAUGUCGUGGAUACAUUAAAAAAUCGACGAGGUAUCUACUUGCCCGAAUAUUAUACGGUUUUAUACUGUAAACCACUCACUGGCUGUAAAUAUAAUUUAGGACCAAACGGUCAAGUGUCUCUUGACAAACAAUGGUCUCCCAUUGAAAGUUGUACUCCACUUCCAAUGAGUAUCAAAAAUCUUCCUAUUAGAUUAACCAGCUAUGAGAGGACCAAAAAAUUGGAAGAACUGUUUCCUAUUGGAUCAAAAUGUUUCAUUCUCAAUGAACAGUAUUAUGGUGACAUUGCGGAUAUCAUUGAAGUUCAAAAGAAAACCAAUAAAGUGAAAGUUCAAAUUCAACGAGUCUCUGAGCCUGAAGCUGAACUGAUUGAGGUUAAAAAUCGUGCUUAUGAGCUAAUGAGCAAAGAAUACAUGACGAAUCAUUCAUUGGCAACAAGAUUGAAUGUUAAUCCUUGUAUAGUUUCAAGAUUAACUGGUACAGUGAUGGUUGAAAAAUCAAAUGGAGAUAAAGUCAAUAUUGGUCUUAAUUUGAAAUUUGUAACUCGAAGGGAAUACGUUCCUGGCUAUUCACAAAGACGAGAAGAAACGUGGCUAUUUUCUUGGAAAACUUUUAAAAUCAUGGAAGAAUAUAAACAAAAGUUCCCUGAACUGUUCAUCAAUUUGAGUAAACUCGCUGAUCAGAAACGUUUCCAACCAGAGCAAAUAUUCAGUGGUCCUAAUCCUGAAACCAAAAUUACAGAAGUUGCUGGUUGGUUGAAAAAGAUGCCUUAUCAAAAUGCUCGAAGAAUGAAAUUUGAUGCCGAAGCUCUUGAUGAGAUUGUCGUAAAAUGUAUUGAAGAUGUUUUGGACAGUCAUAAGGUAUUUUCCAACCAAUUCGAUCCGAUCACUUUAGUUUACUCCACCAAUCAGCUUUAUCGUCCUGCCAACAUAAUUGGGCACUCGCCACCCGAUUCAAAUGCAUCUUUUAAUUUAUUUAAUCGUGUGGUUAAUGUACGUGAAGGUAUUUCUGUCCCACUUGGAGCAAGAGGUGUCAUCAUAGGUAAAACUAAAGAUAAACUUGAUGACGACACUUAUCUUUGUGACAUUGUUUUCGAUGAGCCAUUUAUUGGUGGUUUAAGCCUCAACUGUAGUGCUGGAAGAGGUUAUAGACUCCAUCCAUUUAACCUAAUUAACAUUUCUACAAGAAGAAGAAUGGAAAUUAUGGUGCUCAUGAGGAAAUCGAACUGGCUCCGAUUCAACCUGCUCGAAGUGAACAUAAAGACAAAAAACCUCGUCAGAAAAUAUCUCCUGGUCCAAAGAAAUUGAUCAAC